AUGGAGGAUGAGUGGGCAGCCAUGGAUGCUGGGGAGAACCUUGCAAUUGCCAAUGUGCCAACACGUGAGUUUAGUUACACCCCUGGAAUAGAAAUAGGGGAACGAUCAGUGCCAGCAGGAAUGCAUGACUCCUCUGACAUGGGACAAGAAGAACCGGUUGCAGAACCGGGACCGAAAAAGGCAUCCCGGAGGCGUGCACCCAAGGGGGCACCCCAGCGGGCAACCAAGGGGGCACCAAAGCGAACCAAGAACUUCAGUCACGUUGAGGACGAAGUGAUGUGCGCAGCUUACUUGACUGUGAGCAAGGAUCCUAUUGUUGGUGUGAACCAGGCACUUCAAGCCUACUGGGACCGUAUGGAAGCAUACAUAUGUACUGCCCUCAAAAUCAAAAGAGACGAAGCUCGUUCACGCUCAUCCUAUGUACUGGGACCGUAUGGAAGCAUACAUAUGAAAGUACUCAUCAAGGCGAUCUGCAGCACCCCCGUAUGCAAGUAUACGCAACGCUGCUGUUACCUUUUGAACGGUUGUGAAACCAGGAAGACCGGCGGCGUUACACUUACGCUUGAAGAGACUAGGCCAUUUCGAAUGGAGCAAUCAGGUGAUGAGACCUUCUUGAAGUCACCCUUUGCUGAUCAAGUGAUGGGAUCGUCUUGA